ACGUGAAGUCAACAGUUAGUCAUCGUUUGCACUUGUGUUCAGUUUUGUUGCGGUUAAAUAUUAAUUCAAGUUAAAUCCAACACGAUGAAGAUAGCUAUUUUUGGCGAUUUGAAUGUAUUCGAACUGGCCAUUCUGAGCAGUUUGAUGCCAUCUGUAUUCAUCUACUUGUGGACAUUGAUAACCGGUGACAUUAAGAACUUUGAGGAUAGCAAGCGAGCUUAUUCGGUGUACACUGCGAAGGAUCCAAUUAAUUGUUAUCAAAACUAUGUAGAACCGAAAAAGGAUUCAUAAAUGUAGUAACGAUAAGAUAAGAUAUAUUUGUUAAGGUUCUAAGAACAUACAUACAUAUGUA